AGAGAGACAUUUUAACCCAAAGAUUGUUAAAUGUUCAAGUCAUAGUACAACGAUAUUUCAAACUCUCAAAUAAUCGAACGGGUUAGCAAUUUUUCUUAAGCAGAGAGUAGUUUUCGCCAUUCCUCCAAAGCAUCCGCUCCAGAAUUUGCAGUCCUGGUCGCCGGUCGCUGGUCGACCUUCCUUAUCUAGAGUAAAUCUUUCACUUUUAUUGCUAAACGAUUGUCAGCUCACUCAGAUAGGAUAAGGUGUGGUUGUUAUCGUGUUUGUAUUGAUUGAAGUGCAAAACUUUGACUUGUUACUUGAAAUGGCGGUUGUGAUUUCUACUCGAAUAGAUAAAUUUGGCCGAGUUUUGCGAGUUGUUGGACAUCGCUUUUGGUCAAGCAGUUUGGUUCAUUCUGUUUCAGAAACAAAAGAUGAAGUUGAAACAAUUGCUAGAAUCAUCAAUGACCACCCUUUUCCUGUUCAGCCUCUGCAACCAACGCUUAAACGGCAUGUCUCUUCGAGUAUCCUGUCUACCAUGUUUGUUGAAAAUGUCAUUGGUCGCCUAUUUGCGGCACAUGCAAAUGGUCUUAAAGCAUAUGAAUUUUUUGAGUUCUGCCUCCACCAUCCUGAGUAUAGUCCAACCUCUGAUGCAUUUGAGAAGACACUUCACGUACUAGCAAGAAUGCGAUACUUUGAUAAGGGUUGGGAACUAAUGAAGAAAAUUCAACAGCUACAACCGUCGUUGCUCACCCUUAAGUCAUUGAGCAUCAUGCUAUCAAGAAUAGCAAAAUAUCAGUCCUAUGAAGAUACCCUUGAAGCAUUUGAGAAGAUGGAGCAGCAUUUAUUCCCCGGGAAGAAAUUUGGCACCGAAGAGUUCAAUAUUCUUCUUCGAGCAUUUUGCUCACAGAGGCAGAUGAAAGAAGCUCGUUCAGUAUUCAACAAACUCCAUUCUAGGUUCCCACCUGAUACCAAGACAAUGAAUAUCUUGCUUUUGGGGUUCAAGGAAUCAGGGGAUAUUACUGCCGUAGAGUUGUUUUACCAUGAGAUGGUUAAAAGAGGUUUUAAGCUUAAUUCUGUAACAUACAGUAUAAGAAUUGAUGCAUACUGCAAGAAAGGUCGUUUUGGUGAUGCUUUGAAGCUGUUUGAAGAAAUGGAUAGGGUAAAUUGCUUGCCUACAGUAGAAACAAUAACAACUUUGAUUCAUGGAGCAGGGAUUGCUCGUAAUAUAAGUAAAGCUAAGGAACUCUUCAAUGAAAUCUUCAAGAGAAAUUUUCAACCAGACACUGGAGCCUAUAAUGCACUUUUGAGUUCUCUUAUCAAAUCCAGGGAUGUCAAAUCUGCAGCAGUCUUAAUGGAUGAGAUGGAGGAGAAAAAUAUUGAGUUUGACAAUUUAACUUACCACACUAUGUUCUGGGGAUUGAUAAGAUCAAAUGAUGUUGGUGGUGUCAUUGAUCUUUACGAAAGGAUGGUUGACAAAAAUUUCUUGCCUAAGGCACGUACUGUUGUGAUGCUGAUGAAAUUCUUUUGUGAAAACCAGAGAGUUGAUCUGGGUUUGAGCUUAUGGAAUUACCUGAUGAAUAAAGGGCACUGUCCACACUGCCAUUCUUUAGAAAUUCUGGUCACAGGAUUGUGCUCCCGUGGGAAAGUUGAAGAAGCAUUUGAGUGCUCUGAGCAAAUGUUGAAGAGGGGUAGGCACAUGAGCGAGCUAGUGUUUGAGAUGUUGAAGAGGUUUCUCUUACAGCUGGGAGAGGAGGAAAAGUUACAGAAGCUCUACCAAAUGACGAAGAGAUUAGAAAUGAUAUUGCCUCCUAAUGGACAAACUAUUGGCACAGCCUAGGUACAGAGCUGUAAGUAAGGUGCUGUUGGUGUUUUGGGCUCAAAUUUGCUUAUGGGGAGGGUUUUCAGAAACAUUAAAUGCAACUGAUCUAUUGACAAAGGAGAGUAAAACUCCUCUGCUCUAUUUGCUUGAUAUCUGGCAGUAAGGUUAUUUAGUUGCUUGAACAGUUACCAACCUUACACCAACUUUUGCAUUGUAUUAUCGGUUGUCAGCCACAGGGGGCAUCUGAUCACAAUUUUGUGAUUUAGUUGGCACUUUCAAUGGUUGCUUCAGAGAGCACUUAAAUCUACAAUGCACAGUAAUGGAAUGGUUAAUUUAGUUAACAAGUUCUUUGAGAUGCAACAGAUUGAUGCUCUUAGGUCUCUUGGAUAUAUACACAGGGCUGGUCAGCAGGUACCAUCCUGAGAGAUUAUUUUCUUUGAUAGGAGUUUUUCCUAUAAAAGAGGUUAUGUGAUCACACUUAUUGCAGGUGCUACAUGCAAUGCAUAUAAUUGUUAGAAAGUAUCAUUUUGGCAGUGCUGUCUAAAAUUAUGACUUAGAUCCCAUCAGGAGUAACUGGGAAGGAUCUAAAUACUGAAAGGUACUUUCCCAGUUUCUGUUAUGCCCUCAUGAUUUGCGUUGCAAUCAGUGUGAUGGCACUAUCAGCCAUCUAUUUACUCCCCUCUCUCAGUUUUUUUCCCCAACAGCUGGUUUUUGGAAAUUAUUGCUCGACUUCUAAACAUGGGUAGUUUCAUGUCACUUGGAUGGAAGAUGUUUAAUUGCUGGAAAUAAUUGAAGAUUUGACUAAGUGUAUCCUGCUGGUCGCUUGGUAGUCUUUACUGAUUUUGUGAAUACUUUUAAGCACUACCGCUGAUCACUUAUCUCCAUCAUCAAUUUUGUAAAUACAAGUUGUAAAGUGGUUGUCAUCUGGGAUAGUCCUUGAUUUCAUGAUUUCUUCUGAAGUUCAACAUAUAUAUGCAAUUAUACAUGGAGGGAGAAUGCAGGACUUUAGCUCCAUCAAUUAUUUAAACUGAACGUGGUGCAUAUAUAUUAAAUAUAAACAAGUUGCGCUACAUGUCACAUAGAAUGGCCUUCUGCGGUGGCCCAAUUGGUCACAACUGUGUAAUUUAGUCAGACUGAAAUAUCUUCAAAAUGGCUACUUUUCAAUUCAAAUAAACAAGAUCUGCAUGCGAUUUUUCUAGUCA